AUGAUUUGGUACCACAAUUUACCACCACAUUCCAUCGAUUCUAUUUCCAUGUUAGAAGAUUCGUUCGUAAAAGCGCAUGCUGGUGCUAUAAAGGUUGCAACGAGAAAAUCAGACCUCUUCAAAGUAAAGCAAAGGCAGGGAGAAAUACUGAGGGAAUUCGUAUCCCGAUUUCAAAUGGAACGCAUGAAAUUACCCCCGGUCACCGACGACUGGGCUGUACAAGCUUUCACCCAAGGGUUGAAUGAGCUAAGUUCGACGUCAUCACAUCGGCUGAAACAAAAUUUGAUCGAGUAUCCAGCGGUAAGCUGGGCAGAUGCGCAAAACCGAUAUCAAUCGAAAAUUAGGGUCGAGUAUGAUCAUUCGGGGACCCCGUGCAAACCUGUUCAUCAGAACAGGAUAGUUAUUAAACAAAAGCAGAUCGACUGA